AUGCCGCGCAACGGAGACGGAUCAUCAGACAAUGGGCCCCUUGAGGCUGGCAACGUGAUUCAUGGGAACGAGGGGGAUGCAACACUACAGCAUACGAAGAACAAUGUUGCGCCUAUGCCGGAGGUUGAGAAGGGUGAAGCGCUGGAAGGACACAAUGCAUCUGGUGGUGGUUCUUUGCCCAAGAAUACAGAGGAGACGGGGAGGAUUGCGGGUGGGGCGAAAUAA